GUCAAGGAUCACUACUUAGCAAGCCAUUGACUAAAUAUUAUGAUACCAUGAUAUUCAUCCACUUGCAUAAGAUCUACUUAUCAAAGGCUUAAAUUAGAAAAAGAAACUUUAUUCUCAUGCUUAAAACGUUAGAUAAAAUAUAACUAUCCAUUGGUUAAAAGAAAUGAAAUCAUAAACAUCUCUUGCUCGUCAUGCCAACGAAAUAAUCAUGACCUAAGUACUGGAAUCCGGAUCAAUAUGCGGCUCAUUCAUCCAUACUCGACUUAUUUUACAUGAAAUAUUCAAUUAAACUUGACCAAAUCACUUGAGAAUUGUAGUUCCCUAAUAUCAUUAAAAAAAUCCGACCAUUCCAAUGAGGCACGAUCAAUGUUAAUAACGUUUAUUAGUCACUUAAAGAAGUUUAAACCUAAUUUCAACUUUCAAGUGGGCGACCUCCUUCAAUUCCGAUUGAUUUUCCGUUCUUGCUAUUAUAAGUUGAGGCUCUCAUUACUUCAGAGUUCAGACCCACUGUGUAUACAACAAAUUCCUCAACAAAAACAAAUAACUGAAUGAUUAAUGCCUUUGAACCAAUACAGGAGAUUCAAAUUUCAAAUAUAAUAAAAAGUAGGUAAAAUUGGAUUCAAUAAGUCAGAUUCUAUGAAAAUCAUGGACAAAGUGGACUUUAUAAUGAAUUUAUAUAGCAUAUAUACCCUUUCCCUAAUGUAAAUCACAAUGGAACGCCCAAAUAAACUACAAUUUGGGUGGAUACAUUAGAUAUACAUGUAAAAAAUACAUCAUAUUAAGGACAUAAUUAGCAAAUAGCAACACAACAUUGAGCCGAUUAUUAGUAGAAAUAAAAUGAAAGAUUUUGGCAAUAAAAAGCGUCAUGGCAAUGAUCAAUGAUGUUUCGGCAGCAUUAUUGCAAUCAAUUAAGAGCAAUGAAGAGAAGAACAAUUAUUAUCAUCCGUGAAGUUUCGUCUUCAAAACUAUACUAUACUAUGUGCGUUACUGAUGUUUUCUGAGUAUCGGGAAAUAGAAGGAUUCGACAAUGUAAGAAAACACAAGUGCACAUACACAAUACAUGAUUUACAUGGUUCACUAACGCAAUGUGUGUUAGCUAGUCAACGGGCAGGAGAGAGCCAGUUUUCACUAUACUUGAGGAGAUACAAAUUACAGAGGAGUAUGAGAAGUAUUUAUACUACUUCUCCAAGGUCUAACCCUAAUCCAUUAUGGUAAAGGAAAAGCGAUUACAACCAGGCUCAAAACACGAACCCAAAUAACAUUGAGCCCCGCGUGACUUCCAUUCGUAGCGGCUGAUAGUCCGAUUCAAGUCAUAUCAACAAUCUAAUAGCUGAUAUGUUACUCAUUUGAAUGAAGUACCUUAAUUUUCACAGCCAUGAUCAAUGAUCAUAAUUCAUCGUAUAGAUUCGCAAGGCACGACCCGUCUUUGGACUUCCAAAAAGGGCAAAUGCUCCUUGAGGAAUUUAUUUGAAAUUAGUUAAAUAUAUGCAAUAGAUUAAUAAAAAAUUCAAACAAAUUAGUUAUGAAACCCAUUCCAGGCUCCCAGCUCUAAACCACCAUGGAACAAAUCACAACAACAUAUAAGUGCAUGACAAGUUAAUCUAAUUGAUUUCCGACCUUAACGUGGGGCAUGUGGAAAAGAGAGAGGGAGGGAUGGAUUGAGAGAACCUGCAGACAGCUUGAAUUAGUUGAUGGGAAAGGGAAUUGCGAGAAGGGAACAGAAUGGGAGGGGAGGAGUUAAUUAAUUUAAGGGCGACGGUUAUAUACUCACACGAAGAACAUGGUGAGCAGAGAGAGAAAGCAGUAGGCAAGGAGAGAAAGAAAAUAACUGGCGUUGGGGAUUUCGGCGAGAAGGUAGGAAGAAGAUUGGAAAAUAAAGUUACAAUUGUGUCCCUCCGAUUAGUGCGGGUUGGUUAGUAUGAGCUGACGUGGUGAAAAGGAUAUAUUGACAUUCCCUUAUAGUAAUUUGUAGAUAACACUCGUUCCUAGUAUUGUAGGAUUCAUUCACUUGUAUCCUCUUGUCAUGUUUAUGCAUAGAUAGCACUCCUGAUCGGAAAAUUCUUGCGUCCAACCCCUGUUGGAGUUAGAGGCUCCAACCUGCCAUUUGUCAGCCCCAUAUUGGCCAACCAACCUUCCUUUUCCCUUAUUUUAAUUAUUUUUUAUCCUUUACCAUUAAUCAAAUUAUGAAUUAAAAAUGAAAAAAAAGCUUUGACGGAAACGACAGAGAGACGGAAGGAAGCUGGGAAGGCAACUUCUGGAUUAUAAUUUUUAUGUAUGUUGUAUAAUUUUAUUUACUACUAUUUUAAAUUGAUGUCAAUUUUUCUCUUUUUUGCAUGAAGCAAUAGCAAAUCCUCAUUUUGAUGAUGAAAAUUUGUGAUAAGAUUUAUGUUUCAACCGCCAUGGAUUAUUGACUUCGUUUCUUUUAUUCGGAUAUUCUAUUUAUGUUUAUGUUGGCACUGUAAUACUAAGUAUGGUGUUGAAAAAAAUUUUAAAUUAUUUAUGAUAUUGUGAGAUAUUUUUUCCGUAUUUUGUACAAUGGUCAUAUUAAUGUGAAAUUGUCAAAAUAUUUCAAAAUUUGAACGCAUAAGUAUUUCAAAAUUGGUUCUAGUGCACGAGCAAUUUUUCGUAUUCUGUUUAUUUUUGUUGGGGUCAAGUUUUCCUAUAGAAGAACAUAUAAACCUAAGAUAUACCUAAUUAAAUUAUAAUCCAGAAGUUUUUUUUUUCAUUUUUAAUUCAUAAUUUAAUUAAUAAUAAAGAAAUAAAAAUAAUUAAAAUAAGAGAAAAAGGAAGUUUGGUGGGCCAAUAUGGGACUGCCAAAUGGCAGGUUGGAGCCUCUAGCUCCAACGGGGGUUGGACGCAAGAAUUUCCCGAUCAGGAGGGGAAAUUCUUGCGUCCAACCCCCGUUGGAGCUAGAGGCUCCAACCUGCCAUUUGGCAGUCCCAUAUUGGCCCACCAAACUUCCUUUUUCUCUUAUUUUAAUUAUUUUUAUUUCUUUAUUAUUAAUUAAAUUAUGAAUUAAAAAUGAAAAAAAAAACUUCUGGAUUAUAAUUUAAUUAGGUAUAUCUUAGGUUUAUAUGUUCUUCUAUAGGAAAACUUGACCCCAACAAAAAUAAACAGAAUACGAAAAAUUGCUCGUGCACUAGAACCAAUUUUGAAAUACUUAUGCGUUCAAAUUUUGAAAUAUUUUGACAAUUUCACAUUAAUAUGACCAUUGUACAAAAUACGGAAAAAAUAUCUCACAAUAUCAUAAAUAAUUUAAAAUUUUUUUCAACACCAUACUUAGUAUUACAGUGCCAACAUAAACAUAAAUAGAAUAUCCGAAUAAAAGAAACGAAGUCAAUAAUCCAUGGCGGUUGAAACAUAAAUCUUAUCACAAAUUUUCAUCAUCAAAAUGAGGAUUUGCUAUUGCUUCAUGCAAAAAAGAGAAAAAUUGACAUCAAUUUAAAAUAGUAGUAAAUAAAAUUAUACAACAUACAUAAAAAUUAUAAUCCAGAAGUUGCCUUCCCAGCUUCCUUCCGUCUCUCUGUCGUUUCCGUCAAAGCUUUUUUUUCAUUUUUAAUUCAUAAUUUGAUUAAUGGUAAAGGAUAAAAAAUAAUUAAAAUAAGGGAAAAGGAAGGUUGGUUGGCCAAUAUGGGGCUGACAAAUGGCAGGUUGGAGCCUCUAACUCCAACAGGGGUUGGACGCAAGAAUUUUCCCUCCUGAUCCAUGUGAUAGAAUCUCAAACCCAUUUUCCCACUUUGAACACAUACUAAAGCAAUAAAUAUAUAUAUAUACGGUCAUCAAGGAGGAAAGCAAACCGACCUACCAUGGCCGGCAUCCGCCCAUCAUCGUUCGUUUCCUUUUGCUAUACAUUACUUCACUCUCUAACUUCCAACCGAUCACCGCCGAUGAUGAAAUCCAAUAAUAGAGUAACUUGGCAUUAUAUAUGCUGAAAUUAAUCAAUAUUAAGUGAUGAAAAUCCUUGCCAUUAACUCCUUAAAUCCUUUAUCUCCGUACGAGUUUCCUUCUCAUCCUCUACAGUUGGUGCGAUCGUGACAGAGAGGACUCAUGAAUAAAGGGGGACCAAUGAUGAUUGGGUUGCAGCCGGCUAUGCGGUGGGGAGAGGAUGACGGCAACUCACUUCGGUUCUCAUUGCUAGAGUCGGAGAUGGUGAUGAAGGCUGGGUGUCGAGAACGGAAGUGCAAACGAAGAGGAAGGUUACAACUUGGGGCUCAGCUGGAGAAUUGGAGCUGGCGGGCGGGGUGGGUUUUCUUGUGGCCGGGCAGAUGGAAGUAACCGCUCAUGCUAGGUUUAAUUGGAAUUAGUGUAGGCUUAAUUAGGAUUAAUCAAUAGAGAUCAUUUUAAUUUAGAAUCCUUAACCGUUGUUAUCGUAUUCAUCCCUCAGUCCAACCCAUUUAUUUAUUAUUGUUCGAACCUAAACCUAAAAAUCGGGGUGUAACAUUUCCUCCCCACUUAUAAAAAUUUCGUCCUCGAAAUUGAAGCUGUAGGAUAGCGACUGUGAAGUAAACAUAUGUACUGAGACACCUUGUAUUUGAUUGAACAUGUCUUGACUGGGAUGUAACCUCAAAUUUGAGUCGGUUAGGGCGACCCUUCUCAAAGUGAUAAUCUGAAGUUCGAAGGGGUCAUUAGGCAUCUCAUAUAGGAGGAAACACGGCUUCCCACUCAAGAAAAGCUUGAUGUGCGGCCCAACGUUGGGGAGGCAGUGUUUAGCGUCAAGUCUCACCUAGAGCUGGCUGAUUCAGCCUAUGUCGUCAAUCGUGCACAAUUUCAGUGAUAGAUCUUAAACUUCGAGCUUAAGGGUCUUAACUGUAAAGAAAAAGGUCACGUUCAGAAGCUAUGUCACAAACGGAACUUCUAUGUGUAUUGCAAACGGACUAGGAACCUCAUUAGUGAUUGUCGGACAUUGAAGAAGAAUCAAGUUGCUGGGCUACACCAAUUCGAUCGGAGCAGAUCCCUGGACGUGUCGACUGCCCUCCUCGUGAUGUUACCGUCCCUGCUGGUCCGCCUGCCUAUGCUACGCAGGCUAUUGAUGUUGCUGGAAGCUCCGUUUCUGCUACCACUGUCGAGCAUCAUGUUGCUCAAGCUCUACAGAAAUCCCUUCCCGCAGCUAUCAACUCCGUUUUUGCAUCACUUCAGACUUUAGGUAUAUCAAAACCAUGGCUCAUGGAUUCUGCAUGUUUUAAUCAUAUGUCCGAUGAUUCUCGAGUAUUUGACAAUGUCACUCUGGUCCGUAAUAUUCAUUUGUAAGUAGCCAAUGGUGCGCAUUUACAAGUUACAAUGGUCGGCAAUGUUCAAAACCCUAGGUUCAGAUAAAAUAAGCGUUACAUGUUCCGCAACUGCACCCUAACCUUGUUUUCGUUGGUCAACUUACUGACGAGAAUUGUUCUGUCUUGUUCGCACCAUCUGAUUGUUUUAUGCAAUAUCUGAUGACAGGGAGGCUGAUCAGAAGAGUGAGUAAGCAAGGACAGAACUCUAAAUUGGAGGAGCUAAUGAGUCGAUCGGGUCGCUCUGUUUCUGAGUCAUCCAGUUCUUCGCAGGUAUCUAAUUCGCAGGUGACUAGUUUGUCUUCCUUACCUUGUGUUUUUUCGAGCCAGUCCACUGAUCUCUGGAAUCUGUGGCAUAGUUGGUUGGGUCACCCGAAUUCUACUAAGUUAUUGUCUAUGUGUAAACAAAAGUUGUUGGGAAAU